GAAAAAAAUAAUGUAACACUGAAAUUCUUUCCAGUCGACAUCAAUCAUCAUGAAAUAUAAGGUCAACAUAACUUCACAGUAUAUUAUAAACGAACUGAACCCCAAACGGAUCUCGCGAGCAGAUUUUUGGAUCCGAUUGACGAAAAUAGGGCACAGCAAGACAAAUUAUAGACUGCUGAAUUUCUGCUCAGAAGACAAUCAUGAAAAGGCAUGGACGUAAAAGAAAAACCUCGAAGAAUAUAUCUGGAGAAAGAAUUAAAAGAAAGAGAAAUGAAUUUGGUCAUAGACCAGUAGUUAGUGAUUCAGAAGAUUCUGAUAUAAAAGAAAGGGACCAAAUAAUAGAUGAAGACAAAUGGAAAAAUGAGGAUGAUAUGACUAAUGGUAAUUCUGAAGAGUCUAUUGAUGCUGCAGAUGUAAGAGACAAAACAAGUACUGACAAAGAUAAAGAUGAAACAGAACGUAACACAAAUCCAAAUUGUGUUAUUAAACAAAAAGCUAUGGAUAAUUACUUUAGGAAAAGGACAAUGGCACCUUCUGGUGAACAUAUGUAUUCCCCAAUAGUUAUCACUGAAAAUGAUAUUUCUCUAGACAUUGAUCAAGAUGGUAUUGAAAUGGUGCAUGUCCCAUAUCAACCUCCUGAAGUAGUUAACCUAGAAUCUGGUGAUGAAAGUGACCAUGAAAGUGAAGGCAUUUCUGUUAAACCAGAGCCUUUAGAUGGGUCAGCUGAUCAAGCAACUGACAUACAAGAUGACAACAGUUGUCGUACAGCAGUUGAUUUAAGGGAAGAAGCUGUUCCUAUUGCUACACAUAUACUAAAUACUGGCAGUGAUAAUAUACAGCAAGAACAAACAGCUGCUAUUACAACAGAAAAAGAUGAUGAUAAAAUACCGGUAACUGAAGUUGAGACUGAUAAUAACAAUGACUGCAAUGAUUCAAGUAAGGAAAUAGACAUUAAUGAAAUGGGUGCAGUCAACAUAGAAAAUAGUGGCACAGUCGCAGGUGUUGAUAGUGAUAAUGAUUUGGACUGUGUUUUGAUAAAGGAAAAUGAAGAAUUGAUGAAAGGUGCACAGACUGAAGCAGGACAUGAAACUGUAAAACCAACUGAUGCCAGGGUUGAUUUAGACUUCAGGAAGAGGACAAUGGCAGCUUCUGGUGAACACAUGUAUUCCCCAAUAGUUAUCACUGAAAAUGAUACUUCUCUAGACAUUGAUCAAGAUGGUAUUGAAAUGAUGCAUUUCCCAUAUCAACCUCCUGAAGUAGUUAACCUAGAAUCUGGUGAUGAAAAUGACCAUGAAAGUGAAGGCAAUUCUGUUAAACCAGAGCCUUUAGAUGGGUCAGCUGAUCAAGCAACUAACAUACAAGAUGACAAAAGUUGUAACAAUGCACUUGAUUUAAGGGAAGAAGCUGUUCCUAAUGCUACACAUACACUUAAUACUAGCAGUGAUGUACAGCAAGAACCAACAGCUGCUAUUACCAGAAAAAAAGAUGAUGAUAAAACACCAGUAACUGAAGUUGAGACUGAUAAUAACAAUGACAGCAAUGGUUCAAGUAAAGAAAUAGACAUUAAUGAAAUGGAGUCAGUCAACACAGAAAUCAGUGGAACAGUUGCAGAUGUCGAUAGUGAUAAUGAUUUGGACUGUGUUAUAAUAGAGGAAAAUGAAGAAUUGAAGAAAGGUGCACAGCUUAAAGCUGGACAUGAAAUUGUAAAACAAACUGAUGUCAGGGGUGGUUUAGAACUUAAUAAAAUCGACAAGAAAUUUGUUGAAAAUGGCACAGAGUUUGAGAGAAGUAACGAAAAUGAAAACAUAGGUUCAGAGGAGCAGGGGAGAGAUGAAGUUGUUAGUAAAGACAAGGAAGGAAUGGUUAAAAGACCAACGUCAUGCACGGAAAGUAUUUUCAAGUGUGAUCAUUGUGAAGUUAGAUGCAAUGAUGAAAAAAGUAUGAGAGAACACUUGGAUACUGCAGUGCAUUAUGCAGCUAGCAAAUAUAUUGUUGAUAAUACUGGGGGAUUAAAACUAAUGAAGAAUGUGGUUAUAACAAAUAUGAAAGCAAAAUUUAAAACAACAGUAAUGAAAUGUCCUGUAGCAGCAUGUCCAGCCAUUUUUCCUCAAAUGAAUCAAUGUGUUGAUCAUUAUAAUAAAAAGCACUGGAAAAAGGGGAGACCAAAAAGCCUGUAUGGAUUGAUUGACAUUGUGAAAGAAGAGGAAUACAGUAUAUCCUUAAAGCAUUCAAUGUUGUGUCAAAAUGCUGAGUCCUUUUGGACUCUAGACAAACUGAAAAGGCACAAGAAGAAUGAAGGACACUUCCCCUUUGAUUUAACAGAGCAAAGAAUUAUUUUCUUAUGUCUCUAUUGUGGAAAACAUUUCAAACUCCUCGACCGUCUUAUUGAACACCUGCGUGUCCAUAUUGAUGUCAUUGAUGACAUUUUCAAUAUUCGAAUUUUUAAGUAUGACAAAUUGUACAAUAUGAGAACAUUGUGUUUUCCAACAACUUCUAGGUCCUAACUGGAUGGAUUUCUACAAGAUCCGUCUAGAAACAGUGACCACAAUCAGGCAGUCUCUGAUAAUGGAUCGAUUAUAAAACCUACAAGAGCAAAUGCUGGGAUUAAAGCUUGCUUGCAAAGUUACAGUGAAACUGUUUAUGAUGAAGCAGAUAGGGAACGCAGUGUCAGUGUUAAAGAUGAUACAUUAUUGAUUGAUGUAGAGAUUUAUGAUACAAUGUGAAAUACUAAAUGUGUCUACUGCGUAAGAUUGUUUCGUGAAUUUAUCAAUGCAUUAAGCCAUGUGGUGAUACACAAAAAGUUUAAGAGGAAUGAAAUAUUAGAUAUGAUAUUAUUUUACAUUUCAGUGCAGAAAGAACAAAUAUUGAACUCCCACAGUAGCAGUCUAGCACUAUAGAUCAUCGCGAGGAGGAGAUAAAAAAAGUUACAAAAUGGAAUACACGAGUUGGAAGCAAUUUCUAGAAAAUUACCUGAUAAGGGAGCAAAGGAGAAAUAAAUCAGUUAAAGAUGUGAAGGAGUGUCUUAUUUAGAUAUUCUGCUAGUUGUAUGUUACCACUGUUAUUUGUUUAUGUGAGGUUGUUCAAAGGAUAUAGACCAAAAUUACAAUAGAAACAUACAUUUCUGAAGAAAGUGAUGCUGAAUGAUAUAUGAUUUUUCCAAUAAUAAAGCAAGUACAAAUCUCUA